GAAAGCACAUGCGAAGAGACUAAUUCCAAGUAAAUAAACAUGCAAAUAAUUUUUGUUUCGAAUAUUGAAGUUUGAUUAAAAAGAAACAACGAAGGAUAAAAUAGUAAGUUCAUUAGAAUUAAACCCCCCGAGCGGAGAAAAUAAAAUAAAAAAACCUCACACUCAGUCAGUUCCCUCGUUUCCUUUCAGUCGUUCUUUCUUCCAGAAGCAUCGGGUGCCCGCGGUCCAUGGCCAGAGCUCCAAAUAAGCACGGUCGCGAUCAAGCUCUGGAUUUCCAGGGGUUUUUGAGUGACUUGCAGGACUGGGAGCUUUCUCUCAAGGACAAGGACAAAAAAAUGAGGCCAAAAGAUUCACACCAGGAAAAGCUGACUAGAGAUUUAGGAACUAGUUCGGGGAAUUAUGACUACUCGAGGAAUUUAGAUUCAAUCAAUACAAUGUCAAGUAGUUUCAUUUCGGAAGAUAGUCUUCCCGAUGCUGCUUCAGAGAAAGAAUUGGGUAAUGAGUAUUUUAAGCAGAAGAAGUUUAGAGAAGCUAUUGACUGCUAUUCAAGAAGCAUUGCUUUGUCUCCGUCUGCAGUAGCUUAUGCAAAUAGAGCAAUGGCAUAUAUAAAAAUCAAAAGUUUCCAGGAAGCUGAGGAUGACUGUACUGAGGCCUUGAAUUUGGAUGAUCGUUAUAUAAAAGCAUACUCACGACGUGCAACGGCUAGAAAAGAACUUGGAAAACUUAAAGAAUCAAUUGAGGAUGCUGAGUUUGCCCUGAGGUUGGAGCCUCAGAACCAAGAAAUCAAGAAACAAUACACUGAGGCCAAAUCUUUGUAUGAUAAAACAAUUCUUCAGAAGGCAUCUGGAGCGCAGAAAAAUUCUGUACAAGAAAUGCGGAAAGUGGGAAAGUUGGAUACCAAAGUGAACGGACAAAGCAUCCAGCCUGCCUCCAGCAGUGCUCAAAUAACAGAAAUGACUGCAGUUCAAGAUCACACUAAGAGAAAUAACACAACUAGGAAUCCAGAGGUGAAGGCAUCGGUACAAGAGCUUGCAUCUCGAGCUGCUUCCCGAGUCAAGGCUGUGGCUGCGGAAAAGAUCAAACCACCAAAUUCGGCAUAUCAAUUUGAGGUUUCUUGGCGAGGAUUCUCUGGAGAUAAUGCUCGACAGACUAGCCUGUUGAAGGCUAUAUCUCCAAGUGCAUUGCCGCAGAUAUUCAAAAAUGCUUUGACUGUUCCCAUACUUCUUGACAUUAUCAAGUGUGUGGCAACCUUUUUCGUUGAAGAAAUGGAUUUGGCCGUCAAUUAUUUGGAGAACUUAACCAGGGUUCCAAGAUUUGACACACUCAUCAUGUUUCUUUCAUCCUCGGACAACGCUGAUCUUGUUAAGAUAUGGGAUGAAGUGUUUGACAAUGAGGCAACUCCGAUUGAGUAUGCCGAGAAGCUUGAUAACCUGCGUACAAAGUACUGCCUCAAGCGAUGACAAAGAUCAACAAGUUUCUACCUUACCCUCCUCCACCUCCUGUACUGUAAAUUCAAGUUGUAAAAUUUUGAAAUGCUCCAACGUUCCCUUUGAAUCUCAAAUUAUAUCGUGGACAACUUUUCUAUCCAUUUAAUGAGAUGUUAAAAGUACAUUGCAACUUUUACGUCUCUCCUUUUGGACUUGAAUACUUUGAACUUGGAACUGUUGGUAA